AUACCCAAAGGGCUCUGGCAGCCCAAUUAUAGCUGCUCUACCCUCACUGCUGCCUCCGAAAGAAACGCUCUCCUCAUUAUGAUGUUCAGCUCCCCCAUCAACUCUCAUCCCUGUGGAUUCACAGCAGUUCAGAGCUUCAUUGACUGUCAUCUCGGCAUCACAGAAACUCUUGUUUUUACCAGCUAAUCCACAAAUGCAUGUCCUCUGAGAACUAGAAUGGACGUUUAAAUCUGGGGAGCUGGUGAGACUGAGGUCCUGGUGAGAUGUCCUUCAGUGGCAACACAACCCAGUCUUCUUUGCUGACAUCACCUCCACUCUUCAACGACUCUACCCCGCCGUAUUCCCUACUAUGGGAAAAGGAAAGUUCCAGUUAUGGAUCUUUGCAGAAGUGGCCUGGAAACAAGUCUCAGCUCACCUCAGAUCUCUCUGUUCUUGCACAUGAUGAGCAGUGUCAUAUGUCUUCUAUCCUCACAAUAUGUCUCGUCGUGUGGUACAGCAUUACAAUGGUGCUGGGGCUGAUGGGGAACAUCGGUCUCAUUUGCAUCAUCGCCCAUCGCCGAGAGAAAGUCAAUGUCACCAGCAUCUUCAUCUGCAAUCUGUCAUUCUCUGACAUUCUCGUGUGUUUGUUUUGCCUCCCUUUCACUGUCAUAUACACUCUUAUGGACCAUUGGGUGUUUGGAUCGCUGUUAUGCCGGCUUGUGCCAUUCAUCCAAUGUGUGUCUGUGACUGUAUCAGUACUGUCUCUGGUGUUCAUUGCUCUAGAAAGACAUCAGCUCAUCAUUAAUCCUUCUGGAUGGAAACCAAGCAUUUCUCAUGCGUACAUGGCAGUCAUUCUCAUAUGGACUCUGGCCUGCUUCACCUCCACACCUUUCUUGGCUUUUCAGCUGCUCACGAGUGAGCCCUAUUCCCAUGUAGAUCUGCCACUCCAACAUGAUGCUUUUUCUCAGGCCUAUUUCAAUGCAUCUGUGCCUCAAUCGCUGUCUUAUCCAUUCAAAAACUCAUCUGUGCCUCUGAACUCAUAUCGUGCCCUCUUUUCUUACAUCCCCACCUCACCACACUUGGAAGCUUGUGUGGAGCACUGGCCAUCCCAGCAACAAAGAGUCGCUUACACCACAUGGCUCCUGCUUUUCCAGUACUGCGGUCCACUUCUGUUGGUCCUGCUCUGUUAUGUCAGAGUUUUUGUUCGCCUUCGUCACCGCAAAGAUAUGCUGGACCGUGCCAGGAUCCCAGAGAAUCAGCGCAUAACCCACAGCCGGCGAAUCAACAUCAUGCUGGCAGCUCUUAUAACAGCCUUCGCUCUUUGCUGGCUUCCUCUCACCAUCUUCAACGUGGUGGCGGACUGGAAUCAGGAUGCUCUGCCUAUCUGCCACCAUAAUCUUCUUUUCUCCCUCUGCCACCUGCUGGCCAUGUCCUCCACCUGCAUAAACCCUAUCAUCUACGGCUUCCUAAACUCCAACUUUCGGCAAGAGGUGCGAGAAGUGUUCCUGCGCUGUCGCUGUUUCCCACAAGAAGAGUGUGAGCGUUUUCCUAUGUCAACAGUGAACAUGGAAAUGUCCCGCACCUCUGUGCCUCUCCACUGUAGAAGCAACUCUGUCUGAUUGGGAUGCUUGAACAUGUGGCAUGCUUACAUAUUAGGAUUGUAAUCACAUAAACAUAUCAGUUGUAGGACUUAAUUGGUCCGCAUGGUUAAAAUAUUUUGUCACU